CAACCGGUCCUCUUCUCCAGUCCUCACCUCUUCUCUCAACUGUACAUUCACAUUCACCUCUCUCUGUCUCUCUCUCUAUAGCUACAAUUACCAACACGCACAUCGAAGAUACAGCUAUACACAUACUCCAUACGUACACAUAUGUAUGUGAAUUGAAUGUGGAAAAUGUAAUGUGUGUGCAAUUGAUAUGCUGAAUUUGAGGAAUUAGGGUUUCGAUUUUGUGUAGAAAAUGCCUUUAAACAGGUAUCAAAUACGGAAUGAGUACAGCUUGGCUGAUCCAGAGCUGUACAAAAGUGCAGAUAAAGAUGAUCCAGAAGCUCUACUUGAAGGCGUUGCUAUGGCUGGCCUUGUCGGUGUUUUGCGCCAGCUUGGUGACCUCGCCGAGUUUGCUGCUGAGAUAUUCCAUGACUUGCAUGAAGAGGUGAUGGCAACUGCUGCAAGGGGCCAUAGUUUGACGGUCAGGGUCCAGCAGCUUGAAGCAGAAUUUCCUUUGAUUGAGAGGGCAUUCCUCUCACAGACCAAUCAUUCUUCCUUCUUCUAUAAUACUGGUACUGAUUGGCAUCCUAAUCUGCGAAUCGACCAAAAUAUGGUAACAAGGGAAGAUUUACCUCGAUUUGUAAUGGACUCAUAUGAAGAAUGCAGAGGUCCACCUCGCCUAUUCCUUCUAGACAAGUUCGAUGUUGCUGGAGCUGGAGCAUGUCUGAAACGUUAUACUGACCCUUCAUUCUUUAAGGUCGAGCCAUCCUUUUAUGCAUUCUCAUCUUCAGAUGUUCAGAGGGAAAAGAAAACUCGCAAGACAAAGAAGAGAGGUUCACGCUGGAGAAAUGGGGAGACACCUGAGGUGUUGCCUACAUCGCAUGCCAAACUCCAUCAGCUGUUCUUGGAGGAACGCAUUGAAAACGGUAUAAAUGUUCCUGCACAUCGCGUGAAAUUGAAAAGAAAGCUAAAUGGAUUUCCAUUUCACUCGAAAACUGGAAAGAGCUAUAUGCACAAGUUCUUGGAAUCUUCUUCACCAGAACAUAAAGUAGUACAUGAAGUCGGUAUUGAUUCAUCACCUUUGAGAUUGACAUCGACUGAUGCUUAUGAAACUUUGACGGACACUGAAGAUAUUAGACCACCGAGUCCUGAUAAGGAGGUGAUGCAGAGAAACAAGAGUGCAUCUUUAUCUCCAUCUCCACCACAAAGUGAAGAGCGCACUGCUCUGAAACCAUGCGUAGAUGAGGAUCUCUCCCACUGUCGAGUUCGAGGAAUUUCCAGACGAAGCCAUAAAUCACAAUCAACAGAUAUCUUGCCUUCUACUCAUAGCGUGGUUGAUGAAAAGGAAAUAGCAGUGGAUGGAGAAAGCCGAACAGAAAGAGGUAUUGGUUACGAGUCUGAUGAUGUUGCAAGUGAAAUAGAUAAUUAUGUCGAUGCCCUAACUACAAUGGAGUCAGAACUAGAAACAGACUCCGAGCAGAGAGCCAAAAGGGAUUUGCACUUCUUGAACAGCAAAAAGCAAGUGUUAGGCCUGUCUUCUAGCAGUGAAAAGCUUCAAGCUCAAUCUUCAGAUUCUCAUUCAAUGGAGAACUCUACAGUAUCUGAUGAUGGGAAUAGUUAUUCUAAGAAAGAAAUAUCUAGUUUUUCUUGUUCUGAUUCCCCUAGCACUUCUGUUGAGAGUGUCCUUUUAGAGAGCAAAAUUUCUAGUAAGGGAGCUAAGAUCUCUGAUACUUCAUGUGAGCAGCCAUCUGUUAAUGAGGCGAUUCAAUUACCCCAGCCUCCAGAAGAUGGUGAUUAUGAUAACAAAUGCAUUAUGGUAGCUAGGGAACCCAGUGGCAGUUGUGACUCUGGUGAGCCAACUACUACCCUAAAUUUUACAGAUUCAACUCAUGUGCCAAUACAUGCUUAUGCAGGAAUAUUUGUGGAAGUUGCAGGGAUGAGAGCUGAAACAAAUGAAAAUUUUGUUGCCCAUGGCAAGAGUGAAAAUCCUUUAACUAGCAUUGCAGAAGAUGCAGCAGAUUUGCAUGUCAGUCCACCCCAUGCUCCUGUUAUCCUUAAUGCUCCAGAACAGAAUGGCGAUGAUUCACCAUCUAGAGCAUCCAUUGAAGUCAAGCUAACAGAUGAUUUGGUUGAUGGAAAUUGUGAGAACGUGUCUUGUGCAUCAAAUCAGUCUGAAAUUCCUUGGCACGCCAGCAAUAACUUGCCACAAUCAAAAUCCCCUGUAAUCCAGAAUGAAAGCAAUUUACACAAUGAUAUGAAUCUGGUUAAUAAUCUUCCCUUUACUUCUGAGCUCCUUAAUGUUCCUUCUGAAGAUAGGUGUGAGUUAUUGUCUUCUGAUUAUCAGCAGUUGCCCAAUUUGGAUGGUGAGGAUCCAUCGCUACGUGAUGAUUCAACCUCCUUAUAUAAUCUUUCUAAUUGUCCUUCAUCGAAAGAAGCUGAUACCUCACCUUCGGUGUUGGUUGUAAACCAUCCAAACCAUCUGGAUGGUCUAGACAAUGAGAAUUCUAAUGGUAGUUCUGAUGGUUCAGUUCAAAUACCAGAUAUAUUGGGUGCUUCGUACAAAGAAUGUGGCAACCACUCAUGGUUUACCAUGUCUCAUGAUGAAACUGCAGAAGAUACAUGCAUGCAAAAGCCACAUAGCCUGAGUACCACAGAGAUUGAAGCUGGUGAUGCCGAUGAAGAGCAUGAAGAGGCGUGUGGGGCAUUCAGUGAUGCAGUUACGUCUGAGCCAGGAGACCUCUGUAAGAACAGUGGGGUAGAUGGCCUUGAUGUUGAUGCCCUGAACCCUCAGAUUUCAGAAACUGCAAACGAUAUUCAGCCACUUGAAUCUGGAAAAUUGGAUAUUUCAUGUUCUAGUCAGGAAAAUCUUGUCGAAGUUUCGAGUAUAACAAAAUUUGAGGAAAAGGGUAGUACUGCCCCCAGUGAGCUUUUGACUGCUAUCGGGUCCACUGGUUCGAUUACCUCUCCACAUCUCGAAUCAUUGACCAAGGAACCAAGACUUUCAGAUGAGACAGAAAAUAAGAUCGAUAAGUCUGAUGUCACAGAUGAGACUGCUUCUCCUCUUGCUGCCUUAGCUGAUAAAGAUGAUAUUGAUGGUCUAUACUCAUAUUUAGAUCACAAAAUUUCUUCAGAAGAAUCUGUUUGCUUAAUUGGACAUUCCAGCCAGAAUGAAUUGGAAAUUGAUCUACCUGAUAGCCAUGCAGAAUCAAAGUUUGAGAUGCAGAUAGCUGAUAUCCCGGAUUCUAACUCCUUUGUGUUUGAUGCAUCCAACUCUCAUCAUCCCGAGUCAGAAGCUCUUGACACUCUCUGUGGAAGCAAACUUUCUUAUGAUGCUGAAAACACAUUUGAUUUGAACUCUGCUUUGAGUCAACCACAAUUAAAAGUUUGUUGCUUGGAUACUGAAGAGGUAUCCUCCCAAAGGAGGAAUGUUGUUAACUCCACUGAAGAUGCUUCAUCUUCGCAAACUGUUUCCCUUGAAGAAGGAAAGGAUGAAGUAGAAGACAAUCAACUCAAUGAGGAAUUGCUGGACAAAGCUGAUUUGGAUCAAUCACCUCUCCUGGAACAAAUGCAGCCUUCAAGUCAUGUGGACCGAGCAUCUGAUGCUUCUUUACUAUCAUUGCUCGCAAGCCUUCCAAGUCAAGAUGUAGUCCCAGACGUUUUAGCCAACAGCAGCAAUCAAGAUCCUCAACCUUUGCUAACUGAUUACUGUGCAGAAGAGAGGGCUGAGUCAGCAAUCCAUGAGCAUGAUAAAAGGGAGGUGCUGGAUAGUGGUGAGGCAAAGUCAGAGCCAUUACCGCUGUUAACCCAGCGACAACUGGUGGAUUCCUUUGACCUUGAGCAAUCUGCUGAAGCUUCUUCAAUAUCUUCACCAACAGUUAGUCCCAGUCAUCCUUCAUUGCCUGAGCUUUUAUCACAGAGCAACCAAGAUAGUUUGUCAUCUUUGCACAAAAAAGAUGACGAAAUAGCAUGUAAAGAACCAGAAAAAGAGAGAUUGAUAGAUGAACAUGCAACUAAAGAGGGGCUGUUACCUCAGGUUGAAGAGGCAUGCCUCUCCAAUCAUGCUGACAUAGUAGGAGCCUUCAAUGCUUCAUCCGUACCUUUUGUAGCAAAUGUUCCUAGUCAACCUUCGGUUUCAAAUCCCUUACCUCUUAGCAACCAUAAUGUAAAUCCUUUUGAACACGGGAAUACGAUAAUUUCUACCUCUCCUGGCUUUGUCCUGCUUCCUGGUGAACCCCAGAUCGAUCUGCCAGAAAUGCCCCCAUUGCCUCCACUUCCUCCAAUUCAAUGGAGGAUUGGAAAACUACAUUCUUCCCCUGAUUUGGAUGAGGAGCCAACACAGCAUCAUAUAGGUGUCAAUUCAUCAAGUAUGGCAUCUAGCACUGAUCAGAAUGCUCAACCUGUGAAUCUAAACAUGCUGUCAGCUGAAGCUAUAGAGAGUACAGAACUUAUUGAUAUGUAUUCCUCUGAUAGCGUGGCGCAAUCAGGUUUGACUUCUCCACCCACAACUCUGUGUGGAAACAGUAGUGUUAGGUUUAUUCAUCCAGCUGAUAAACACUCCACUGAGACCCACUUUCCGUUGCCAGGUCAAUAUCAUGAGGUGCAGCCGCCUAGUUUGCAUGCUAUAAGAGGGGAAGCACAGCCUGCUAAUUAUAUCCCAGAUGUAACUUCUCUGGAUAAACCUCCUAUUGAUGCUUUGGGUUCAAGUGAAGAACUCUUCCAACCACAGAAUCAAGUUGCUCCAGAAUUGCUUUCAGAGGAACAAGGCUCUGCUCAUUUGGAAGGAAAUCUGCCAGAUAGUGAUGGAAUAAAACCAAAAGCAGCUCCUACAGAUGCUUCUGAGUCAUUAUCCCAUGAAACAUCCCAGUCCCAGCAUCAUCCCCUCCAUCAGUUAGCACCGGAGACUUGCUUAAACAGAUCCAAUCUUGAAGAGACCAUCACAAGUUUGGAGAGAAAUGUGGUGGCUCAUGGAACCGUUCUUCCAUCAUAUACAGGAAAUGCAAAGCCUGAUCAUAGCAUUCCAACUACAGAGGCAGAAAUUAUUUGGCCAGCUGUGGAGGAAGGAAACACUAAUGAGAUUCGCGCGGUGAAACUACAAAGACCACGGACUCCACUAAUUGACGAUCUUGCCGCGCAUGACAAAAGCAAAUUGAGGAAGGUUACAGAGCGGGUUAUUCCUGAAAUACAGAAGGUUGAUGAAAGAGAUUCUUUCUUGCAGCUGAGGAAGGUUCCAGAGCGAGUUAGGCCUGAAAUACAGAACGUUGAUGAAAGAGAUUCUCUCUUGGAACAAAUAAGGAAAAAAUCAUUCAAUCUGAAACCAACGGUUGCAACAAGGCCUAGUAUUCAGGGUCCUCUGACUAAUCUGAGAGUUGCUGCAAUUUUGGAGAAAGCAAAAACAAUUCGCCAGGCCUUUGCUGGAAGUGAUGAAGAGGAUGACGAGGAUUCUUGGAGUGAUUCAUGAAAAUUCUAGCACUAUGAUAAAUUGUUGGACACAUUCCUAGUGCCAUGGAUUCAGAAGAAUCUCAACCACAUUCUUAGUGAGUCAAGCUGAUGCUGAAAUAGAUUGGAAGUCUCUCUUGUCAAAAUAUUCUAUGCCUUUCUCUCCCCUUGUAAAAUUCUCUCUCCCUCUCCUCUCCCCCCCCCCCUCUCUCUAUCUCUAUCAUGUAGCCAAUUGUUAGUGUUGUCUCCACGUCAUAGUAUGGAAAGUAUAUUCAAUCAUGAGAUUGCGUGCAAGCGCUUUGUUAUUCAUUUUUCAUGUAAAGGCAGUUAUGUAUUUGCAGUUCCUGUUUACUAGUUUAGUGUAAAGGGCCUGGUCAAUUUUUGUAUCUACCAUAUAGUAGUGGCUUUGAUUUGUCCAAUAUUGAGAGAGUAUUUACACUGUAAGUGCUGAAAUUUAGUGUAUACUUUAAUCAAACAAUUCUGUUGUGUAUAAAAUACUGAUAUUUUGCCCAGGUUCUGGGACUUAAUAACACCUUUCUGUUACUUUGAUAGGAA